AUGCUGCUUAGAUUCCAGCCGUUCAAAGGGAGGAGCUACUUGCACCUACAGGAUCAGAAUCUCUCCCUUCUAACGAGAGUUCCAGAAGCUGAAUACGACCACAUCGAAUCACUUGAUAACGAGAGCAACCAGCCAACUGGUUCCCCCAUCGCUACCCCGACCUCCUUAUUCGACGCCAUAUCUGAGCAGCUUCGCUCGGGGCUGGAAGCGGUAUACAGGGAGAUGGAGUUUGCCGCCCAGUCGCAGCUCAGGCGGUCCACCUUGGACCGAUGCAAGCUCGUCGUGCGGCUGGGGAAGCUGCUGUUCGGGCCGCCGUUUGGAUCGCCAGAGUCGCUCCUCCCCAGCCUACCACCCUUCACAGCGGGGGCGCUGGAGUCGACUCUAAACAGGCGCGCGCAGCGCCUGCCAACCCGGGUACACCGGUCGCUGGAGACUGGCAUGCCGGAGCCACUAUUCCAGGCUGUGGAGAAUAUUGUGAUGGCUGGGGACGGGGUCAGCACAUGCACGAGAGAGAAGUACCACAUACGGGUACAAGACACAGAGCAGGUUGACACGGAGUACAAGCUGAUAUGCAAGCCUGAUCCGGAUGGCUCAGGGGUUAUCCUCUUUAAGGUGAAGCACAACCCACUGCGCUAUGCAGUCAUCGAUGUGUCUCGCCCCGCCAGGGCCAUUGACUUCCGCCUCAUGCUUUCCACCGACACCCGCGUCUGUGCUCUCGAUGAUGCCACCCGGUCAGCAUGUGAGCGCAUAGCAUCUACCGCAAUCAUCGAGGAGAGUGGAAAAGGCGGCCUGCACUGGCCCAUCACACUCGACUUUGACGUCGGGAUGAAGGACCCGCGCUCACCGUCCCACGCACCAGCAGCACCACCAGCGCCAUCGCAUCGCCUCAGAGUGAAGAGUGUGCGGCAUCAGAAGCGGCUGCGGGUUCGGUCGGGCGGGCAGGUGUGGAAGCUGUCGCGAGUGAAUGGGGUGGAAUAUGACCAUGGGGGAGGGCGCCUCACGAAUGAAGUGGAGUUUUCCCUGCUGGCCUGGCAAGAUGCCAUGAAGGUGCGCACGUGUGCGUGUAGGUGUGCGUCUGUGUGCUCAUGGCGCCUCACAAGUGAAUUGGAGUUCUGCUUGAAUGUGGGUCGCUUCUGA